GACUUCUCCCUCUCGACCUCAAAACCCUAACUCGCGCUCUCUGCGCGCGAGCCCCCAAUUCCCUGCUCACGUUCCAGGGUUUCACCCCUAUCUCCUAGCCCUCCUCAGGGCCCGCUCUUCGGUCUCUUGGACGGAGUUCCUCUCGCCGUGAAGAGGUCGGGCAUGUCGACGGAGAGGAAGCGGAAGGUGAGCCUUUUCGACGUGGUGGACGAGACCUCCGUAUCGGCGAAGCUGGCCAGGGCAAACGGUUCUGCCCCCGGGAGGGUGGCGGCCGCGGCCCCCGCAGUGCCGCCUGGGAUCAACCGGUGGAGCGGCCGGCCCUACUCGGCUAGGUACUACGAGAUCUUGGAGAAGAGGAGGACCCUCCCGGUCUGGCAGCAGAAAGACGAGUUCUUGCAGGUACUCAAGGCCAACCAGAGCCUGAUCCUCGUAGGAGAGACCGGCAGUGGCAAAACCACCCAGAUUCCUCAAUUUGUUUUGGAAGCUGAGGACUUGGGCAAACGCCCCAUGGUUGCUUGCACGCAACCUCGCAGGGUUGCUGCAAUGUCUGUUUCUCGUCGAGUUGCUGAGGAGAUGGAUGUGGCAAUAGGAGAGGAAGUUGGUUACAGCAUUCGGUUUGAAGAUUGUAGUAGUCAAAAAACUAUACUGAAGUACUUAACUGAUGGUAUGCUUCUAAGAGAGGCAAUGGCUGAUCCACUUCUAGAGAGAUAUAAGGUGAUAAUUCUUGAUGAGGCUCAUGAGCGAACUUUAGCAACAGAUGUUCUAUUUGGGCUUCUGAAAGAGGUUUUGAGAAAUAGACCUGAGCUGAAAUUAGUUGUAAUGAGUGCAACACUUGAGGCUGAGAAGUUUCAGGGGUAUUUCAGUGGGGCACCUUUAAUGAAGGUACCUGGAAGACUGCAUCCAGUGGAAAUUUUCUAUACACAGGAACCAGAGAGGGAUUAUCUGGAAGCUGCCAUUCGAACAGUGGUGCAGAUUCACAUGUGUGAACCUCCAGGAGACAUACUUGUUUUUCUUACUGGAGAGGAGGAAAUAGAAGAUGCAUGUAGGAAAAUUACAAAGGAAGUUAAUAACCUGGGUGACCAGGUUGGCCCUGUGAAAGUAGUACCAUUGUAUUCUACAUUGCCUCCAGCAUUGCAGCAGAAGAUUUUUGAACCUGCUCCAGCCCCGUUAAUGGAAGGUGGGCCUCCUGGAAGGAAGAUUUUGGUGUCAACCAACAUUGCAGAAACAUCUCUGACCAUAGACGGUAUAGUUUAUGUGAUUGAUCCCGGCUUCUCCAAGCAAAAAGUGUAUAACCCAAGGAUACGUGUGGAGUCCUUGCUGGUCUCUCCAAUAUCAAAGGCAAGCGCUCAUCAGAGGUCAGGACGUGCUGGUAGAACACAGCCUGGAAAAUGUUUUAGACUUUAUACUGAGAGAAGCUUCAGCAAUGAUUUACAACCACAGACAUAUCCAGAAAUUCUCCGUUCUAAUUUGGCAAAUACAGUUCUUACCUUGAAAAAACUUGGAAUUGAUGAUUUGGUACAUUUUGACUUUAUGGAUCCUCCUGCUCCUGAAACCUUGAUGCGGGCAUUAGAGGUUCUGAACUAUCUGGGUGCCUUGGAUGAUGAAGGGAACUUGACCAAAUUAGGUGAAAUCAUGAGUGAGUUCCCCUUGGACCCUCAAAUGGCAAAGAUGCUUAUUGUCAGCCCCGAGUUCAAUUGUUCCAAUGAGAUCCUCUCUAUAUCUGCAAUGCUCUCAGUACCCAAUUGCUUUCUCCGGCCUAGGGAGGCUCAGAAAGCUGCAGACGAAGCAAAAGCUCGGUUUGGGCACAUCGAUGGGGACCACCUAACGCUUCUGAAUGUUUAUCAUGCUUACAAGCAAAACAAUGAAGACCCUUCAUGGUGUUAUGAGAAUUUUAUUAACCAAAGGACGUUGAAGGCUGCUGACAAUGUGAGACAACAGCUUGCACGCAUUAUGGCCAGAUUCAACCUCAAGCUAUGCAGCACAGAUUUCAACAGCCGUGAUUAUUAUGUCAACAUUAGAAAGUCUCUGCUCUCGGGGUACUUCAUGCAGGUAGCUCAUCUUGAGCGUACUGGACACUACUUGACUGUGAAGGACAAUCAGGUUGUUCAUCUCCACCCUUCAACCUGCUUGGAUCAUAAACCGGAGUGGGUCAUCUACAAUGAGUAUGUAUUGACUAGCAGGAACUUCAUCCGCACAGUUACAGAUAUUCGUGGAGAAUGGUUAAUUGACAUUUCUCCCCACUAUUAUGACCUCAGCAAUUUUCCUUCCUGCGAGGCAAAACGGGUUUUGGAAAGGCUGUACAAUAAGCGCGAGAAAGAGAAAGGCGAGAGCAAGGCCAGAAAUAAAGCCACAUAAAAUUGUUUUUGCUAGUGCAAUGGUGUGUUUUAAGCAAACAUUGGAGUUCUUCACCGCUUGGUUGAUGCCUUCGCUGUCCUUAAAUAGUUGUAUACUGUUCCCAGCCCAAAAAAAAUUCUUUCAAGUGGAGCUAAUUUUAGCCGAAAAAAUGGAUUUCCUUCAUUUUAUCUGCUAUUGAAUUCCCUCCUGGUUUAUCUUGAAGUGCCAAACUUUUCUCAAAUGCUGCCUCUCUAACGUGGCACCAGUGGAUAUGGAGCUGGACAUCAGAUCCUAUUAUUUUCUGUUUUCUCGUGUGAACUGUACAACAUUUCCUGAUAAACUGAAGAUUUCCUUCUGCAUAAAUUAUAAUGCCACACGGGGUUUGUAGAGACUGGCAGCUGAAGGCUAGCAAAUGCUUCUUUGGGUCCUUAUUUCUGCAUCCAUAGUAUUUUGUAUUAUUUGGAACAGCCCUCCCAUGACACCAUACGUGACCCUGUCUUACUGUUUAUUUCUGGUGUAUGAAAUUUUAUCCAAGUCAAACUUGUCGUUGCA